CCGAGCCUCCCUCAACUCGGCCCCGCCCUUCAGACCCGCCCCCAGCCUCGGGCCCCGCCCCCGUCACCCCCAGGGCUGGAGACGCGUCCCGGGCUUGCGCAGCGGCCCUGGCGAGGGGCGCAGGCUCGAGGCACCAACCCUACUUCACAUCCUGGCUUACCCUGCUGGGGGAAGGUGGGAUCCACUGACCAGACCCUGACAGCCUUCCUGGGCACCGGAGGCUUCAGCCCCCACCACGACUCGCCUUUCCUCCCCCGUCCCCCACUCCUGCAGGCCUACAGCAUGCAGCCCCAGGAGAGUGGUGUCCGCUACAGCCGGUGGGAUAACAGCAACCGGGAUGAAGUCAGCAUGACUGCCAUGUCCAGCACAGAGGAGCCCUCAUGCUAUAGGAGGCUCUCCCAGAAGUUGUGCUCGGGCAAGCUGGGGAUCGCUAUGAAGGUGCUGGGUGGAGUGGCCCUCUUCUGGAUCAUCUUCAUCUUGGGCUACGUCACUGGCUACUAUGUGCACAAGUGCAAAUAAAUGCUGCCAGCUCCCAUCCCUGGGACUUGCCCCCCCCCCCGGACUUGCUUCCCCCCACCCACUCCCAACCCUGGGACUCGCUUCCCCCCCCCCCCGGACUCGCUCUCCCCAGGACUCGCCCCCCAGACUUGCUUCCCCCCCACCCGCUCCCACCCCUGGGACUCUCUCCCAUGCACACAGACCCCAGGGCAUAUGAAGAUGCCAGGGCGCACUGUGCAGCUCCAACAGCCCAGCGCCAGCCGCUUACUUGCUGGGGAUGAGGCUCAGUCUCAGUAGAGCUGGAGGGGACCUCCCCAGGCUGGUCGCUGCCUGUGGUGUCCACAUCCCUUUGACCAAUGCUAGGCGCUUCAGUCCAGGGCUUGGCCUGUAACUGAGGCAGGCAGGCCACCGCGUGUGCUCCUCCCUGUGGCCUUGGGCUGGGCUCCUGGCCCGCUUAGGCCUUCCAGAUUCCUGGUUGUGCAGGGAGGGCCCUGAAUAAUGAUUUGUCCCCUACCUAUUCUUUUUAGGGGACACAGAUAGGGCCCCAUAUAGAAGACCCGUUUCUGUGCUUGGCACAGAGGCCUUUUCAAACACAACAUUGUAUGCUUUUUAUUUGAGACAGGGUUUCUCUGUGUAGCCUUGGCUGUCCUGGAACUCACUUUGUA